CUCCGGCGCUCCAAUUAUGCCCCACCGUUUAAUUGAAGCGCGUCUCCGAUCACCAAAGACGCGUUUGCAUGAAUAUUCCCCCGUAGCAUUCGUACGAGCUACUCAUCCAGUCCCGAGGCCUAUGUGCUACCCAGCUCGUCAGCCAUUCAACAUCAAUUAAGACGGAUCAGCCCAAAGGUCCAAUUUCUUGUUGCAAAUAAGACCUGCCCCGAUCGAACCGCCACAAACACGCGCCAUGGCGAGUUUCUUCGACCUCAAGGCCCGAAAGGCUGCUGCUGCCGCUAAUGGCGGCUCAGUGCCCAAAUCGGAGGACAGCAAGAAAUCCGCACGCAAGCAGCCUUGGGUAGAAAAGUACAGACCGAAGACUCUCUCCGACGUCACCGCCCAAGACCACACCGUCAACGUGCUGCAGCGGACCCUGCAAGCCUCCAAUCUGCCGCACAUGCUCUUCUACGGGCCCCCGGGCACCGGUAAGACAUCGACAAUCCUGGCGCUGGCAAAGGAACUGUACGGACCAGAGAUGAUGAAGGCCCGUGUGCUGGAACUCAACGCAUCAGAUGAGCGAGGCAUCUCCAUCGUCAGAGAGAAGGUCAAGGAUUUCGCACGGAUGCAGCUCGUCAAUGCCCCGCCUGGCUACAAGGACAGGUACCCCGUGCCGCCCUUCAAGAUCAUCAUCCUCGACGAGGCGGACAGUAUGACACAGGAUGCCCAGUCGGCCCUCAGGCGAACGAUGGAGACGUACAGCAAGAUCACCCGGUUCUGCCUUAUCUGCAACUACGUCACGCGGAUCAUCGACCCCCUAGCGAGUCGAUGCAGUAAAUUCCGUUUCAAGAGUCUGGACCAGGGCAACGCAAAGAAGAGACUGGAGGAGAUCGCGGGGAAGGAAGGUGUUGCGCUCGAGCAUGGUGCUAUCGAUGCCUUGAUCAAGUGCUCCGAGGGGGACCUGCGGAAGGCCAUCACGUUUUUGCAAAGUGCCGCCAGGUUGGUGGGUGCGAUAGAAAAGGAUGAAGAUGGCGAUGGCGAUCUCGGAGAUAAGAUGGAUGUGGACGGGGAGAAGAGGUCUGUAUCAGUACGCGUCAUUGAAGACAUUGCAGGUGUGAUACCACAAGACACGAUCCAGAAGCUCCAGAAGGCCAUGCAGCCGAGGUCGGCCGCCGCCACAUAUCAGGCUGUUGCGAAGGUGGUCGAGGACAUGGUUGCUGAUGGAUGGAGUGCUACCCAGGUCGUUUCUCAGCUCUACCAAGCAGUGAUCCAGGAUGAAACGAUACCUGACCUGCAGAAGAACAAGAUCACAUUGAUAUUCUCAGAGGUCGACAAACGAUUGGUGGAUGGUGCUGACGAGCAUCUCUCCAUUCUGGAUCUGGCACUCAGAAUCUCGAACAUCUUGGCCGGAAAGGGUUGAAUCCGGACCCUCUUCCAAAACUUACAAAUAUAGAGGCAUCGUUUUAAGGCAUGCAAGGCGUUCAAGAGGGGGCGUAUGCUGGCAACAAGGGCCACCCAGGGCUGGGUGUAUUACUUCUACAUAGUGUCAGAGCCAUGGAAUCAUGACUGAAGAUUUCACAUUUCGU